UCAGUCUCAAGGCACCAACACUGAAAUGAGGUGCGUGCACGAUCUUACCGACCAGGGUCUGCUUUGCAUCUGCUGUUCCUCUGCUCUCAUCAGCUUCCUGGCAGCAAUCUCAUCAGCUUCCUGGCAGCAAUCUCAUCAGCUUCCUGGCAGCAAUCUCAUCAGCUUCCUAGCAGCCGCAAUCUCAUCAGCUCACACGGCUCCUUCAUUCAGCAUCGUCCAAAACAUGGCUGCUGUCUCCUCUUCCUGUUCACUAAAACUCCAACUCUGAGUGCAAAACCCCACCUCUUCAUGA